CCCCUCUCGUGUGACUAAGGCCAGGUCUCAGAGAAACGUGCGGUCGGGCCCGUACAUAUAAACCCCUCGAAGGUCCAUCGGAAUUUGUCAUUUGCUAUCAGCGCUCUAGAAGCAACACUUGUGUUAGGAAGGAGAGAUAAAAAAAAUUGUUUACAUCUAACUUGUGUGAUUUAUUCCGUUAUUGGAUAUGACUAUGGCGACUUCAACAAUGCCUUCUCCAACUCGAACGGGUGUAUCCGCCAGAAAGACAAACAAACCUUUGAUGGAAAAGCGCAGACGUGCUAGAAUCAAUGACAGUUUGUCACAGCUUAAGUCCCUUGUUAUCCAAAGCAGCAAAAAAGAUAGUUCUCAGUUCAACAAGCUGGAAAAGGCUGAUAUCCUGGAGUUGACUGUCAAGUACCUUCGCAACCUCCAGAGCCAGCAGCAAGAGCAAAUCACUUCCAACAGCGAGCAGUCGUUGGGUGGCAAGUACCAGGCUGGUUUCAUGGAGUGUGCCAAUGAGGUCAUCAGGUACCUCAGCCAGUCUCAGGGCUUCAGCGAUGACACCAAAGCAAGGGUUGUCAAACAUCUGGCUAGCUGUAUUCAGUUAGCCUCUAAGGCUUCCUUUGCCAAGCCUGUCUCACAGAACAUUUCACAGGGCAAUGCACCUGCUGUUUUGACCACUUCACAGCCUGCCAGCAGUGGUCAGCUCUCAAAUGGACAAAUUGUUCAGAUUGUGAAUACCCAGUACCAGCUGAAACCCCAAGGACUUAGCCAAUAUCCAGCCAAUGCUCCAGUUCAUCAGAUUUCUUCCUCUUGUUUGCCAUCACUGCAAGUGUCAAAGCCUUCCUCUGCCGAACCAACUCCAUACAUUCACAUCACUCAGCCACUUCAUAUUCAGAUCCCCCCAGUACUCUCUCCAGUGCUUGUCCAGCCCAAGGUAGUGAGUAAAGCCCCUCAGCAGCCAAUCAGUGUUAAGCAAGAGAGAGUCAUGGCAGUGUCCACCCCAUCCCCUGUCCAUGAAAGAUCACAAUCACCCGCCCCUCUUCCACUCACCAAACAUCUAUACUACCAACAAGAAGAUGAGUACUUAAGGUCAAGGACAUACUCCAUGACAUCCUCUUCAUCGUCAGAAUCUGAGAUGACAUCGCCUCUAAAUCUCUCACAAUCUCCUCAGUUCUAUGACUCACGCAGGGACUCGAGCUAUGCCCACAGCAAGUACCCCAGUCCGCAGCCAGAUUACCACCAAACUGGCCCAGUGUCAUACUCCAGCGACAAGCUCUCUCCUUUCCAAUACAAGUCUGACAGUGGCAUGUACCCAGGACAUUACACAUCUGUGAUUGUAGAUGGGCGCAAAGGCCUGAUCGACACUGCCACUCUCAAAUACAUGAACAUGGUUAUGGAGGAUGACCGCCACUGCUUUCGCCAAGAAGGGUCCACAUCACCAGCUUCCUCUGUCGGAGAUGAACGCCUCUGGAGGCCUUGGUGAACAAAUCUGAUAAACUAUUUAACAUUGUUUUUGCCAAGCAUUAAAAACUUUUACAUUAAGAAAAAUUCAAUUAUGAGGGCUAAAUCUUAAAGAUGAAUAUUGUUGAUGUUAUCAAACUUCUAAGACUACAUUACUGUCACUAUGUAAAUCAAAUGUCUAUACUGUCCAUAUAUUUUUGUUGGCAUGUAAUGGCUUGGUUUAUGUAUACAUUUAUAGUUUCCAAAUCUUUCAAAAGUUGACUACCGUACUUAACAUUCCAAGACAUAUUUACUUGAACAGAGAUGAUUGAAUGCAUUACUUCAUAUAAUGUUGUUAUAAAAGUCUAUUUCAACCAUACAUUCUGGGAUGAUUUGUAAGUCCUCAAUGUUAACUCUUGUUGUAUAUUCUCCUAUAGCAUAUUGUGAUAUUUUAUAUUUCUCAUAACAGUUUAUUUCCUAUUCAUAAUGUGAAUGAGUUGGGGACCAAAGUGAAACACUUUUUGUUGUUGUAUGGUGUACUUGGCAUGAGAAUGAUUUUGUUUUAUGUUGCUUUAUUGGUACCACAUUAUGAUUUCAAUACAAGAAAUUUGUUGAUAUGCAAACUUAAAACAAA